ACUUCACGUCUGAUUUCACUUUGUUUGAAGUCACAUGAAAACCUGAACCGUGUCUCCCACGUGGUGCUGCUCAGCCAAUCACAUCCCUCCGCACACUGUGGCUAUAAAAGACCGUUAUCAGGGUUUCCAUCGAUUUCUUGAGCCGCAGCAGCCUCCUGGGUCUCCCACCAUGAAUGGACUGUUGUUUGUGGGCCUGCUGGGCGUCCUGCUGCUCCUCCUCGUCCUCAAGCUGUUUUCCCGCCGCGGCGGCCACGUGCAGCUCGGCGGCGGCUUCGCGGUGCUCAUCACCGGAUGCGACUGCGGCUUCGGACACCAUCUGGCCCGAAGUCUGGACCAGCAGGGCGUCGUGGUGUUCGCCGGGUGUCUGAACCCGGACGGAGCCGGAGCUCAGAGUCUGGUCUCCCGGAGCUCCAGGAACCUGAAGGUCCUGAAGCUGGACGUGACCAGUGAUGAAGACGUGAGGAAGGCCAAGGCGGCGGUCCAGGAGAACCUGCCCCAGAAAGGACUGUGGGCGGUGGUGAACAACGCCGGGAUCUCGGACUGGGCCGAGAUCGAGUGGAGCUCCAUCGAAGAUUUCCGCAGCAUGGUGGACAUCAACCUGUUCGGCGCCAUCAGGACCUCCAUCGCGUUCCUCCCUCUGGUUCGCGCCGCCAAAGGUCGGAUGGUUUACGUGUCGAGCGUCUUCGCCUUCUUCAACUGCCUGAACAUGGCAGCGUACAGCGUCUCCAAGAGAGGCCUGGAGGCGUUCGCCGACUGCCUCAGGGUGGAAAUGGCCAGCUUUGACGUGAAGGUCAGCAUCAUCCAGCCGGGGAACUUCGGCCGAGCCACCAACAUCCUGAAGAUGAAGAGCGGCCUGGACAUCUGGGAGAAGCUGGACAGCGAGAGGAAGCAGACCUUCAACCAGCAGUACAUGGAGCUGGCCAGCGACUACUUCAUCUCCACCUGCAGGGCGGGUUUCAAAGACACCGACCUGGUCAUCAACGCCAUGCUGCACGCGCUCACCUCCACCCGGCCCAAGCCCCGCUACCUGCUGGUGUCGAUGACGGACAUGUUCUUCUUCAAGCUGUUCCCUUUUCUGCCCACCGUCGUCGCCGACUCGGUGUUUUCUCUCAGCUCCAUGUAUGCGACCAGAAAAGAGAUGCUGUACGCUCGGUAAGACGAAGCUGUUCCUGGACUCGAGGGCAGAGUUUUCACACCGUCGCCUUUUUUAAAAUUGUUUUCCAGCGUUUUAAUUCAACUUUUUAAUAAAAAUGUACAAAGACAGAUUUCUAUCGUCAGUGUAUUAAACAUAUAAACAAAGUGA